AUGUCAAAGAGCUGGAUCCGCCAUGGCUUCAACGGGGUAGCUCGAAUUGUAGGCAGAGCUGCUGACCCAAAGAAGGAAAACUUUCCUGUGUUAGAAGGCCACCCUGUUGCCCAGCAGCAUGCAGAAGUAGCUCUUGAAACCCAUGACACAGUAAAAAAGAAAGAACAAUUGCUGAAGGAGUUCAAGAUCUAUAGAUGGAGCCCUGACCAUCCCAACAACAAGCCCUACCUUCACUCUUACUUUGUGGACCUCUCCAACUGCGGUCCUAUGGUUUUGGAUGCAUUGCAGAAGAUAAAAGCAGAGGAUGAUUCAAGCUUGAGUUAUAGGAGGUCUUGCAGGGAAGGGAUAUGUGGGUCAUGCUCCAUGAACAUUGAUGGGACAAAUACUGUGGCCUGCCUCAGGCCCAUAGAUGCAGACACUUCCAAACCCACUACUAUAACUCCUCUGCCUCACAUGUUUGUGAUCAAAGAUCUGGUUGUUGACCUCACCAAUUUCUACCAGCAGUACAAGUUGAUUGAGCCAUGGCUGAAGACGACGAAGCCACCAAAGGAUGGCCGAGAGUACAGGCAAUCAACCUCAGACAGGAAAAAGCUUGAUGGGCUUUAUGAGUGUAUACUUUGUGCUUGUUGUACUACCUCAUGCCCUUCCUACUGGUGGAAUCCAGAGGAGUUCCUUGGACCAGCGGCUUUGCUCCAUGCUUAUCGAUGGAUUGCGGAUAGUCGGGAUGAGUUCACAGAGCCACGAUUGCAGGCAUUGACAGAUGACCACACGAGGUUAUAUAGAUGCAGGACUAUAAAGAAUUGCACAGCCACUUGCCCCAAAAGCCUCAAUCCUGCGGAUGCCAUUAACAAAAUGAAGACCAGGCACCUCUUGUCUCAACCAAUUGAAAGGGUUGAGGACCAAGGAUAUGUUGUGUCAGGCAAACCAAUUGGUUGAGAGCUUUUAAACUUGUGUAUCCUGGGCUUAUAGACAUUGGAGAAUAUGGAGAUGCAAGUUAAGUCCAAUAAAGAAAUGUCACCUAAAUUUAUACAUUGGCUUCAAUUUUUCACAUUAAAGAAAAAUUUAAGCAAAAUGUCACCUUAAGUUUUCAAAAUUCACAAUUUGUCACCUUACUUUAACAUAAUCUAAUUUUCCAUCCAUUUUGAAGGGUAUUUUAGUCUUUUCAUUUUGAAGGGGAUUUUCAUACUAUUUCAACAUCCCCAAACUCCAAAUUUGGGAAGGUUGCAGCACUACUUGAGACAUUGGAAAGACUAAAAUACCUUCCAAAAUGGAUGAAAAAUUGGAUGAUGUUAAAGUCAGGUGACAAAUCAUGGAUUUUGAAAACUUAAGGUGGCAUUUUGCUUAAAUUUUUCUUUAAGGUGACAAAUUGAAACUGAUGUAUAAGUUCAGGUGAUGUUUAUACAAAAUCCCUCCAGUAAAUGUAUAACUCUAUAACUGAAAGGACCAUGUAGUUUGUUUCCAACAAAGAACCAUAAAUAAAAAAAAUGGAAGUGCUUCACACAA